AUGUCGCGCCGUGGUCGUGCCUUGGGUCGUCCCUUGACCAGCGGCAGACCUUCUGCAAUCUCUGCGUCAGACUCGUCCAGACCAUCCAGCAGCGCCCAUCAUGCCAAUACCGCUGCCGCUGCCGCAUCCUCCAUCUACUCGCAACCAUCUACGCGCGAGCUUCUGCAAGGCGGUGUGAGGAGAGACUUUAAGGAUCCCACUGGACGCGUAGGCGAGUUCUCCGUGAGUGAUGGGCGUCCGGCGUGCGGCCGGCGGCGGCCGGCGGCGGCUGGCGGCGAUGACGCUCGCACACCGCUCACACCGCUCACACCGCUCACACACCGCUCACACCCCCCUCACUCGCCUCCACCCGCACCCCACAGUCGGCAGAGGACAAGUGCCCAAUCUGUCGCACAGACCGUUUCCUCAAUCCUCGCCUACGACUGCUGGUAUCGCCAUGCUACCACAAAAUGUGCGAAUCCUGCAUCGACCGCAUCUUCAGCUUGGGUCCUGCUCCCUGUCCCGAUUGCGGUCACGUGUGCAGAAAGAACCAGUUUGGCAGUCAGACUUUCGCUGAUCUCAGCAUCGAGAGGGAAGUCGACAUUCGCAGGAGGCUCGGCAAGCUGUGCGUGCUCUGUGCUGUGCUGGGCUGGGGUGUGGUGUGCCAUCAGGGCCAGCGCGCUCGUCGUGUAGUCAGUGUGCGCAUACACGCCCUCGCGCUCAUCAUCCUUCCGUCGUCCCUCUCCUGCCCGACCGCGCAGCUUCAACAAGUCGCGCGACGAGUUUGCGACGCUGACAAGCUACAACAAUUACCUGGAAGAGGUCGAGACGUUGAGUGAGUGGACGGGUGAGCGUGAGCGUGAGCGUGAGCGUGCUUGCGUGCGGCGCUGACAAGCCUCUUGGCCCGCAGCCUACAAUCUCAUCCACAAGGUGGACCUGCCAGCCACAGAGGCGCGCGUGGCAGCGUACGAAUCGGCCAACAAGUCUUCCUCUGUCUCCAACGUCCGAGCUCAGCAAGCCGCAUCGGAGCAGCAGCGCCAGCAAGAAUCCGCCUUGAAAGCGUUGCAAGUGCAGCGAGCUCGCGAGCGGAGGGUCAGGCACGACGCGUACAAGCAGCAAUUGCAGGCGCUUCAAGAGUCCAGUGCGGAUGACAUUGCCAGAGGCAUCGACGUCAGCGGCAGGCGGGAAGAUGUUGUGCGCAGGUACGAGAGGCAAGAGAAGCUCAUCGAGGAGCGUCACAAGGUGCAAGAUGCUGCGGCAGCUCUUGUUGGCAACGCCCAAACGUCCACCGCCGCUGCACCGAGCCGCCAACAGUGGCUGGUCGAAUCGCUUUGGGACUUUGUGCCCGCACCGCUAGCCACGCUGGACGACUGCAGCUGGGCGUACGACUUGCGAGACGCUCCCUCAUCCCUCGGCGGGCCGGACGUCAGCAAAGGCUACGUCGAUCCGUGGGCGCUGGAGAAGCUCGACGGGGAUGCGGGCAAUCGUUUCAGAGCAGGAGGCUACGACUACUCCGAAGUAUGGCAGAGGUGCAUCCGCGCUAGCAUCGACGGGCUAGCGAUCAACACGGCGCGCACGUAG